GGAGAAAGAAAGGCAGGAUAAUAAUUUGACGUCAAAUAUAUAAGAUUCAAAAUUCUGUGCUAACCACUUACGAUGCCAGUCAAUUGAUUCUGAUAUAGGGUAGCAUUUCAAAGGUAUAUGCUUCAUUCUUUUUCCAGCUUUUCACGACGCUGGAGGAUCCGUUACGCGUAGGGAAAAGUAGAAUAAAAAUGUUGGCAUUUCAUUUGUUUGCGAUUUUGGUGCUAUUUCAGCCUGUAAUAUCAAUCGAUGUAACGCAGGAGGAAGGACAGAGUAAUUUGUUUGGAAUUGGUAAGAUUGGUGAUGGGAAGAAGUACUGUGAUGUUAUGUUCUUGUUUUGUUUUUUAACCAAUGAGUGAUUGCUAAUAAAAUACUUUACAGCAAUAGUACACGAAAAGACACAACCGCACAUUCCUACAAUGGUAGGUAAUGUAAUGAAGAAAGUGAUGGCUAAUGCAAAUGGAAUAUCUAUAAAAGAAUACUACAUUCAAUACGAUCAUGAAUUUGCACCAUUUGGUGAAGACGAACAGUGUAAGUUACCAUUUGGUCUCCUGUUAAGCUCUCUAUUUGUGUCUAAUCCUUCCGUGUAAUUAUACCGUGCACAGUCUGUGCAGCCAUGUUUGAGGGAGUUUCAGUCCUGCUGGAUACGACUUGGAUUGAUUCGAGAUACCUAGCCAGUGCUGCAGAAGAGUUCGGCAUUCCCUACUUCCACAUUGACCUGUCCGUGCAAACGUAUGUGAAACUGCUGGAAAGCUUUCUAUUGGCGCGUGGUGGCAACGAUGUAGUGUACAUCCUGCCAAACUACCAGGAUGCAGAUGCCACGAUUUAUCUGCUCAUAACAGAUUCAUAUCUUCGGGCCAUCGUCUUUGGCGAACUGGACGGUGAUACGGUGGACAGAAUAAAGGACCUUCGACCGUAUCCAUCCUUUUACGCCGUGAUAGCAGGAACGAUGGAAAUGAACACCAUACUUCAAAAAGCCAUUGACGGUGGGCUGGUGCGUAAGCCGGAGAAGUGGAACUUGCUGUUCACCGAUCUGCAGACAGACAAGUAUACCCUUGGGGAUGAUUUCCCACAAAUGAAUCGUUUGGUUCUGGACAGCAACACGUGUUGUAUCCUUUUGCAACAGCGCUUUCCCUGCAUCUGCCCUGACCCGUUCGAUCCGAUGGAUGCACAUUUACAGAAUGUGCUGGAGCGAAUUGUGCAAUGGUUUAUCAAAGAUCCGAUUCCUCUGGUACGCGCAUCUAACUGUACGCCGGAGUCACAGCAGCAAGAGCUGUUGGAGCAUGCGAUCGCAGCGCAGACGAAACUAAUGAACGAGAUCGCCGCGAUGGCAGAAUUUUGGAUCACACCCGAGAGCGGUAUGUUACGUCCCAAUCUUAAUCUCUCGAUAAUCAGCCAACCCGCAAAUCAAAACACUACCAGUGCAGCAGCACAGCCGCCGCCAGCUACCACAAUCGGAAAUGUGGCAAAAGGUCAGAUAGUGCUGGUUAAGAACGAAUCGCUUCAACCUAGCAAACGGUUUUUUCGCGUCGGAACAACCGAAUCUAUACCGUGGGCAUAUCGCAAACGUGAUCCAAAUGGAAAUAUCCUGCGCAAUUCGACCACUGGUGAGCCGAUCUGGGAAGGGUACUGUAUCGAUUUCCUGCAUCAGCUGUCGGUUGUUAUGAACUUUGACUACGAUCUCGUUUCGCCACGGAACGGUACCUUCGGGCUGCGUGAUGCGGACGGCAAAUGGGAUGGCCUUGUCGGCGAUUUAGUUGUGGGUGAGAUCGAUUUUGCUAUCGCCUCGCUCAAAAUGACGGCCGAACGGGAGGAAGUGGUAGACUUUGUAGCGCCAUACUUCGAGCAAACGGGCAUCCUGAUAGCAAUGCGCAAGCCGGUUCGCGAAACGUCGCUGUUCAAGUUUAUGACCGUGCUGCGACUGGAGGUUUGGCUGAGUAUCUUGCUAGCGAUCGUUGCAACCGCUGUCAUGCUGUGGCUUUUGGAUAAGUUUUCACCAUACAGCGCGAAAAACAACAAGGACGCGUAUCCCUAUGAGUGCAGGUAACAGAGGGCCAAUCUUGCUUACGUUCAUAUGCAAAUUCAUUUUAAACAAAAAGUGCUGUUUUGCUUUGUCUAUUUUUGCAGAAAAUUCACACUGAAGGAAAGCUUCUGGUUUGCUUUGACCUCUUUCACCCCACAGGGUGGCGGGGAAGCACCGAAAGCCCUCUCGGGUAGAACGCUUGUGGCUGCAUACUGGCUAUUUGUGGUUCUAAUGCUGGCUACUUUCACAGCGAAUCUAGCCGCCUUUCUCACGGUCGAACGCAUGCAAACGCCUGUUCAAUCGCUGGAGCAGCUAUCACGGCAAAGCCGCAUCAAGUACACGGUCGUGAAGGAUUCCGAUACGCACGACUACUUCCGUAACAUGAAAAACGCAGAAGACGUGCUGUACCAAAUGUGGCGCAAUCUUACACUGUCCAGUGGGAACGAUCAGGCGCAGUAUCGCGUCUGGGACUAUCCGAUAAAAGAGCAGUACAUCAACAUCCUGUCCGCGAUCGAGUCUGCCAACCCGGUAGCUACAGCAGCUGAAGGGUUCCGCCGUGUCAACGAGCGCCUCGAUGCUGACUUUGCAUUCAUACACGAUUCCGCCGAAAUAAGGUACGAAAUAUCGCGCAACUGCAAUUUCACAGAGGUCGGCGAGGUUUUUGCCGAGCAGCCGUACGGGAUCGCCGUACAGCAGGGCAGCCAUUUGCAGGACGAGUUAAGCUAUUUCAUACUUGAGCUGCAAAAGGAGCGCUACUUCGAGUCGCUCACGGCUAAAUUUUGGAACAACAGUGCCCGGUCCCAAUGUCCCAACACCGACGACAGUGAGGGUAUCACGCUGGAAAGUCUGGGGGGUGUAUUCAUAGCGACAUUGGUGGGAUUAGCGCUUGCAAUGAUCACACUGCUCGGUGAGGUAAUUUACUAUCGUCGUAAGGAGACCAGCCGAAAUUUUAUUAAAGUAGCACCAUUCGGAAAUGCGGACAAACCCAUGGCGCGGGAUGGUAAGCGCAUUGCUCUGAAACAAAAAUCGAUCGCUGCGGUGAAACAUCUGCUCGAUUUGGACACGCCAGCUAAGGCGCUUCGCGGUGCGACGACGACAGUGAAAAUCAACACGAAAAAAGAGAAGCCAAUACCGAAGGAAAUUACGAUCGGCAAUAAGUUUGUAUCGGCGGCAGAAAAGCAACAAAAACUUUCCUACAUUUCCAUAAUGCCUAGGAAUGCUAUACAUUAGCUACAUGCAACAUGGCCUCUAUAAAUGGAUGAAUAAUUCAAUGUUUACUUUAAAUAUUUUAAACUUUUAGUUACUCAUUAGUGAAAUGGAUGUAUGCUUUCUGGUUAGUGCAUUAAACACAAUUCUACAAUACGAAAGUAUUAAAAAAUGCUUUGUUUUCAAAAGAAUUAGAAAAAACACUCUGUUCACGAAGAAAUAAACCAUAUUCAUUUUAAAAGGCAGAUCAUUCCAAUGAACUCAAUGUUGUUCCAGCUAAUCUCAGAAAAGCCCAACAAUUGUUAUGAAACACUGCGGAGCGGCAACUAUUUUUAACACUGGUUCGCCAAACAAAUUGUAUCUAAGGGUGGGAAUGAACGAGCUGCUCAUUUAUUCUGACAACUGACCAGCUGCACACGCAAAUAAAUGUGUUUGAUGGUAGCGGUUGUCUGGCAAUGGUGGUAGUAGUCCAACGCUCAAAGUGUAUUGUCGU